CAAGCGUCCCUCCCUCUCCCACCUCCAGGGGCGACAAUUGCCUCCCCCCCCCUCCCAACUCCCGCAGGCAUCAACCCCGCGCCGAGAAGAGAGGAAACGAGAGAACCCCGAGCUUGCCCACCCGCGCACACAACCGCGACGUUUCCCGAUCCCUCACUCCACAACCACCUACUCUAAACUACACAUGACGCGCCUUCUCCCCGUCCCCUACACAUAGCUAGUGCCAAACGAUCCAAGAAGCCAAUCGUGACUCGUGAGUCAGGAAGAGUGAGCGAACCAACUCCUGUACCGUACGGCAUACGUGUGUACCACUUGCAUAAGAGUCGUAGAUUUCUCCAUCUAGUCAUCGAUCCGGAUCCGGCAGAGGCGUGCAAGAUUCCUGCUUUGCCGAGGAUUAAUUGGCCGCCGGCCGAGCUCGAUCCAGCUUCUACGGAACGUCUGCAGCUUUUCUUGGUCCUGGUUUACCAGCUACUUUUGGGUCCGUUCCAAGGAGCAGGCAUGGCUGUGGCUACUUCUGCUUCUACCAUGUCCCUGCUCCCGAUCUUCCAGCUCAAGCACCAGCAGCACGGCGCGGGCGCGGUGGUCGUGUUCCGGCGGCGGCCCGGGGACGCGCGGCGGAGGAGAUACGUCGUGCCGACGGCGAGGCUGUUCGGUCCGGCGAUCUUCGAGGCGUCGAAGCUGAAGGUGCUGUUCCUGGGCGUGGACGAGGCGAAGCACGGCGGGCACCAGACCGGGAAGCCGCUGCUUCCUCGGACGUACACGCUGACGCACAGCGACGUGACGGCCAGGCUCACGCUCGCCGUCUCCCACAGCAUCAACCGCGCGCAGCUGCAGGGGUGGUACAACCAGCUGCAGCGCGACGAGGUGGUGGCCGAGUGGAAGAAGGUGCGCGGCAGGAUGUCGCUGCACGUCCACUGCCACAUCUCCGGCGGCCACUUCCUCCUCGACCUCAUCGCCGGCCUGCGCUACUACAUCUUCCGCAAGGAGCUCCCCGUGGUUCUGAAGGCGUUCGUGCACGGCGACGGCGACCUGUUCAGCCGGCACCCGGAGCUGGAGGAGGCCACGGUGUGGGUCUACUUCCACUCAAAUCUGCCCCGCUUCAACCGCGUCGAGUGCUGGGGCCCUCUCCGCGACGCCGCCGCGCCCGCCGAGGACGACGCCGCCGCGGCCUCCGAGGAGGCGCAGAAUGAUCAGAUGCCCGCGGGCGAGUGGCCGCGCCGCUGCCCCGAGAAGUGCGAGUGCUGCUUCCCGCCCCACAGCCUCAUCCCCUGGCCGAACGAGCAUGACAUGGCCGCCGUCGACGCGCCCGUCGCCGGCCAGGCGCAGCAGUGAGCCAGUGACACUGCACGCUCGCUGCUGCGUAAUGCAAGUCGUAGCUAGACUAGCGUGCUGUUUGGUUGGGUAACUGCAAACGCAUGCGUGCAGUGGCGCCAAGACCUGCAUGCCCGCGUCAUUCUUUAAUUGGUCUGGUAGCUUAGCCUUGCUCAGCCUCAGCGCAACUACACUUCCACAAGCUUAAGUCGAGGGCAGGGAACGAACAUGGUGGCCUUGUAAGUUGUAAAUAGAACUCUAGAUGACAAAGAACGAUGUUCAUGUAUGUACAUGCAUGUUCAAGGGCAGGCAAGUUUCAUCUCUACACUAUCUACACUUGAACUGGACUGGAGUAGGUUUGUAUAGGGAAAUGAUACAUGUAAAUUAACCAUUGAUUAUUUGAUUGAAAUAUAUCGUGUGCGACAUGAUGUCAAGA